AUAUUGACGACAAGGACGAGAAUAUUUCUAAAUCGAUCAGAGUUAGUGAUGAACCAAGGGAAGCUAUUCUCAACUUUAUGUCGAAUCAGGUGUUUCAAGAAUUGGUUCCCUUCGAUGCACUCCUUUGCUGCGGAAACGGAACUGUUCCAACUCAUAGAUUAUUGUUGGCUGCUGUAAGUCCACUGUUGGCUCGUUUGAUGCAGACGGACAAUGAUGAUGUUGAUUUGAUUUAUAUAUACGUAGAAGAUACAACCAUUGACCUUCUUAUUCAGAUAGUCAACAUUAUUUACCAAGGUGGUACACCGUCUGCAGAGUGCACUAGUGUGUUGACCCAGCUUCAAAUAUCUCCAAACUGUAUUCCGCACUCACUCAAGCUCGACAAUCCUCCGGUCAACACGCUCAGUCCCAGCUCCCCACCACCUGGUCAUUCGUCGACAGUGAAGGAAGAGCCGGACGAUAUUAUGCUUGGUUUAGACGAUUCAUUUGAGGAGACUAGUUAUUCUGGAAUUAAUAUAACCCCAGUUAAGAUAAACGAGGAUGAGAAAAUGUUGAUGAUUCGGUUACAGCGUUACUUCAUCCCCCUGGAGGAAGAGGAGGAGGAGGGGCUCAAGUUCUACACCUGUACUCUGUGUGACGAGGUGGUUGAAGCGGAGGAGGAGAUGAUGGUUGAACAUUUCUCCUCCCACCCUAGAGAACUAGAGAAACUGACCAGUGGAAAGGAAGGGGGUAGUGAAGGAAAACGGAAGAAACAAAGGAGUAAGGUUUGGAACUAUUUUACCCGUGUGGAUGAAAACCUAUCCUCCUGUACAGAUUGUGGAGUGCAGGUUAAAGUUAACCUCGGCUCAACCACACAGAUGAUUUAUCAUCUCAAGAGUAAACAUGAUGAACUGUUUGAAGAGUUUGAGUCUACCAGGGACAAUGAUAUCCUGCAACCAGAUGUCCUUCAACAGGCCGAAGAAAGUGUUGAUGAAGAGGAUGAAGAAGAAGUCCCGAGAAAAAGAAAGUCUAAACGACGAAGCAAGAUCUGGUUCUACUUUAACCACGUGAGGGAGGGAAUCUAAGAAUGU